CAUGAUGAUGCGGGGAACACAGGGAGGCGCGCCAGCCUCGGAAAUGGAGAACGAAGUAGAACAUGUCAUGCUUGGAGACGGGCAGGAACAUGAUCAAACCUCAACGCUGUACCGAGGAAGCAGAGGUGGCUCGCAUAACUCUACCCAGCGGAGCAGCGGAGGAGGCGCGACUAGGGUCGACUUGCAAUACGGCAGUGGACUGUCACUUGCAAGAGGUCCGCCAAGCAUGAACGCAAGUCACAGAAGUCAAGCCUCCUCUCGUCGUGGCCACGAUCAUGACAUGGGUGUCGAGGGAGACCAAAAUUCCACAAUGGAGCACGACCAGAUCUCGCAAGCAGGAGACGACAUGUCUAGCAGAAGUGCCUCAGAGCGUGGCUCUUCUCGCAGCGGCAGCGAGCAGGGUCGUGGAACAGUGAGAAGAGGGUUUUUACUGGUCGAUCCUCCUGAAGAUGGCAUGGAUCCGAUGUCUAGCGCUUCUCAGACACACCGUUCUUCUAGUUCUCGAGAAGAAAGUGCAUCAGAAAUGUGUGAAGAUGGCGCUGACGGCGCUAGCAAUGUUGUGGGGGAUGAAGAUGAGGUUGAUGGAGGGGGUGAACAUGCUGUUGCUGGUGCAGGAGGAGCGAUAAAUUCCAACAACAGUUCCAAACGAAAUACGAGAAGGUCACUGGCACAGAAAACAGGCUCUAGUUGGACGGAAACGAAAGCGCGAUGGACGUGGACUGGUGUACAUGCGAAGUUCGGGUCGCAAGAGAUGCCGUCAGAGGCUUUGCGCAAUGAGCGUCGAGAACGACAGAAAUCGCUUCUGCAGUUGUUAGGUGAGAUUCUGAAUGUCGG